AAUAUGAGCCAGACCAACCAGACGUGGGUGACAGAAUUCCUCUUCCUGGGACUUUCCGAUGACCCUCAGACUCAAGUAUUACUCUUUGUACUGUUUCUAGGGGUCUACUUGGUUACUGCACUUGGAAAUCUGCUCAUUAUCAUCCUGGUUCUGACUGACUCACACCUCCAGAUACCCAUGUAUUUUUUUCUGUGUAACUUGUCUCUUGCUGAUUUCUGUUCCUCUACUAACAUUGUUCCCCAAGCCCUAGUCCACAUGCUCUCUAAAAGGCAGGUUAUGUCCUUCACAAACUGUGCAGCCCAACUUUUUCUAUAUCUCUUUUUUGGUGCUACACAAUGUGCACUGUUGGCUGUGAUGUCCUAUGAUCGGUACUUGGCAAUCUGUGACCCCAUGCACUACUCUGUUAUUAUGACUUGGAAAGUAUGUGGCCACUUCACCUUAGGGUGCUGGAUCAGUGGUGUUCUAAUAUCCUUAGUGGACACUACAUUCACACUAUGCCUAUCCUAUCAAGGAGACAAUAGGAUUGAUCAUUUUUUUUGUGAGGCCCCAGUUCUCUUGGACUUGUCAUCUGGAGAUACGCACAGAUCGCAGAUGGUUAUUUUCUUUGUGGGUGUGGUGAUCCUUAUUGCACCUGUAUCCUUGAUCCUAGUCUCCUACAGCUCUAUUAUAGUGACUGUCAUCAAAAUGAAGACAACUUCAGGGAGGCUCAAAGCUUUCUCCACCUGUAGCUCCCAUCUUACUGUAGUUGUCCUAUUUUAUGGAUCAGCAAUCAUGACCUACAUGACACCCAGAUCGUCCAAAGAGCAGGGAAAGCUGGUGUCUGUGUUUUAUGCUGUGGUAAAUCCCAUGCUUAAUCCUCUUAUCUACAGCCUCCGGAACAAAGAUGUAAAGAGGGCACUCAGGAAUAUAAUCAACCAAGCACCAACCUGGAGAUAUUGA